AUGCUGUGCCAGUCUCUUCGCAGAUUUGGUCUAAAGCUGGUACGCAGACAUACGCUGGAGGAAGAAGAGACCAAGUUGGAAUCUGUCAGAAGUCUGAGCACUCUGGAUUUAGUGGUUCUGGGUGUGGACCGCAUAAUUGGUGCAGGAGUGUAUGUCCUGGCUGGCGAGGUGGUCAGCAAUCAAGCAGGACCAUCCAUCGCAACCUGCUUCUUGGUGGCUGGAAUAGUUUCUAUGUUGGCUGGGCUGUGCUAUGCAGAGUUUAGUGCUCGGGUUCCCUGUUCCGGAUCUGCAUAUCUCUACACCUUUAUCACUGUAGGUGAAUUCUGGGCUUUCAUCACUGGCUGGAACCUCAUACUCUCCUGUGUUGCUUAUGUAGUCACUGUGAUUCAGGCGUGGACCUUAACUUUUGACAACCUGUUUGGGAAGCAGAUCUCUCAGACCCUGCAUGAGAGUGUCUCACAGCAUGUUUCUCAAGUCUUUGGAGACAAGCUAGACUUCUUUUCUGUGGUACUUCUGUGGUGUCUCAUAGAAAUUCAAGAUCUGAGAUCUCGUGGGUUCUUCGUGGUUAGCAAAGUAAUUACAUUAAUGAAAUUUUUGUUCCUCAGUUUUGUCAUCAUCUCUGGCUUCAUUAAGGGGGACCUGCACAACUGGACACUAACAGAAGAGGACUAUGUAAAGGCUGGACUGAAUUACACGUCUACAUUGGGCCCUCUGGGCUCUGGAGGAUUUGUGCCUUUUGGCUUCAAGGGGAUUCUCCGUGGUUCAGCUACCUGUUUCUAUGCAUUUAUAGGUUUCACCAUUAUUGUUACCAGAAUCGAAGAAACCCAGAAUCCCCAGAGUUCCAUCCCCAGGGGCAUUGUGAUUUCACUGUUCUUCUGCUUUUUGAUGUACUUUGGUGUCUCUGUGGGACUUACACUUAUGGUGCCUUACUACAAAUUUCAACCUGGGAACACCCUGCCUGAAGCAUUUCUCCAUAUUGGGUGGACCCCUGCCUACCAUGUUGUAGCUUUUGGAUUUCUCUGUAGUUUUGCUGGCAUUUUCCGGAAUUUUAUAUCCCCCACACGUUGGGUAAUAUACAGGAUGGCACAGGAUGGCCUCCUCUUCCCUGUCCUUGUCAAGAUAUAUACCGGCACAUACACCUCCAUUGUGGCUGAUAUGAUCUUUGGCAUUACUGCAGCAAUCAUGGUAUUUUUCUUUGGACUUACCGAUCUUAUGGACCUCAGUUCAAUUGGAACCCUGAUAUCUUAUUCCCUGGUAGCUUUUUGUGUUCUCAUUGUCAGGUAUCAGCCUGAGAGGAAGAAUGAGGGAAAUGAAGCAGAAGUGCAGCAGCAGGAUAUACCUACACCAGAGACACUGACUCUACAGGGACUACUUUUUCCAGGAAGCCCCACCCCUACUCCACUUUCUGGACGAGUUGUCUAUGUUUGCUCUUCACUGCUUGCUUUGCUGAUCAUUCUUCUCUGCCUGGUGCUGGCCCAGUGGCCAGAUCUGUUUUCUGGGGACCCAGUGUGGAUUUCCGUGGUUGUGGUGCUCCUGGUGCUCAUCACUGGGCUCACUGGGGUCAUCUGGAGACAGCCACAGAGCUCCAGGCCCCUUCCCUUUAAGGUCCCUGCUCUGCCUCUCCUCCCACUACUGAGCAUCUUUGUGAAUGUUUGCCUUAUGAUGCAGAUGACAGCUGCCACCUGGGCCCGAUUUGGUGUCUGGAUGUUGAUUGGGUUUGCUAUCUACUUCGCCUAUGGGAUCCAGCGAAGUUUUUACCCCACUUAA